UCCCCGGCCCGGGGCGCGGGCGCGGCUGGUGCUCUGCAGCGGGGUCCUGGGUCCCCGGGCUGCUCGGCGGCGCUGCGGCGGGCGCCCGCCUCGCGGGAGCCAUGGACUCGCGGGCGCUGAAGACUUUGAUUAAUUACUAUUGUCAAGAGAGAUAUUUCCAUCAUGUGUCCCUUGUUGCCAGUGAAGGAAUGAAGAGGUAUGGCCACGACCCAGUCUUCAGGUUUUAUCAUGCCUAUGCUACAUUAAUGGAAGGUAAAACUCAAGAAGCUCUUCGAGAAUUUGAGGCUAUUCAAAGUAAACAAGAUGUAUCACUUUGUUCUCUAAUUGCACUGAUAUAUGCCCAUAAAAUGAGUCCUAAUCCAGAUAGAGAAGCUAUUCUGGAGUCAGAUGCCAGAGUGAAGGAGCAACGUAAAGGAGCUGGACCAAAAACUUUGUACCAUGCAGGCUUAUUUUUAUGGCACGUAGGUCGCCAUGAUAAGGCGAGAGAGUAUAUUGACAGAAUGAUCAAAAUGUCAAAUGGUAGUAAAGAGGGACAGGUUUUGAAAGCAUGGCUUGAUAUUACAAGAGGAAAAGAACCUCAUACUAAAAAAGCACUGAGAUAUUUUGAAGAGGGAUUACAAGAUGGAAAUGAUAUUUUUGCUCUGCUGGGUAAGGCGCAGUGCCUUGAGAUGCGCCAGAAUUUUUCAGGUGCUCUGGAGACUAUAAACCAGAUAAUCAUGACCUUCCCAAGUUUCCUUCCAGCUUUCAUAAAGAAAAUGAAGCUCCAGCUGGCCUUGCAGAAUUGGGAUCAGACAGUUGAGACAGCACAGAGGUUGACUCUUCAAGAUAACCAAAAUGUGGAAGCACUAAGAAUGCUGGCUCUCUUUUAUUUGUGUAGGGAGGGAGAUACAGAGAAGGCUGCUUCCACUCUGGAAAACUUAGGAAAUGCCUUGGAUGCCAUGGAACCACAGAAUGCUCAACUUUUUUAUAAGAUCACACUAGCCUUCAGUAGAACUGUAAGAGUGCCUGCUAUUUGCCAGAGCUCUGUUUUCUGUAGCUGGGGGUAUAAAUUUAGUUACAUGGCUUCACGCAAAGGGAGCGGUCAUGCGGUGGCCCAAGGAGACCCAAGGAAGCUUACGGGACUGGGCUGCCGUGAGGAGAAGGGGCGUGCUGGGGACGACACCACAGCACAGGCGCCCAGACCAGGUGGGGCCUCUGACUGUCCCGACUCCCUGGGCUUCAUUUCCGAGUCCAGUGGGAGCCACCAGAGGGGUUCCAACAAGAUGCAGCUCAGCAUUUUAAAACCUGCAAGUCCCGGGCAACCUCCUCCUCCACUUCUCAGACGUUGUACCUCGGUCCUGGAGACCAUAGUAAGAACUGUGCCAGGUCUUCUGCAAGCUGUCUUUCUGAUAGCAAAAGUCAAGUAUUUAUCAGGUGACAGCGAAGCAGCUUACCAUAACCUGCAGUCCUGCCUAAAACGCAGCCCUUCUUAUGCAGAUGCUCAUCUCCUGAUGGCUCAAGUUUAUUUGUCUCAGGAAAAGUUCAAAUUGUGUUCUCAGGCCCUUGAGCUUUGUCUGAGUUACAAUUUUCAGGUGAGAGAAUAUCCUUUAUAUCAUUUGAUAAAAGCUCAGUCCCAGAAGAAAAUGGGGGAAAUAGCAGAAGCAAUUAAAACUCUUCAUAUGGCAAUGAGUUUACCAGGAAUGAGGAGAACUGGAGCUUCCUCAAAAUCAAAAUACAGAAACACUGAAGGCGGCGCAAGCCAUCGUGUAUCAGUCUUCCUUGAGCUGGCAGAGGCUCACCGCCUGAAUGGAGAACAGCAUGAGGCCGCCAAGGUUUUACAGGAUGCCAUCCAUGAGUUUUCUGGAACACCUGAGGAACUGCGGGUCACUGUUGCUGAUGCAGACCUGGCUUUGGCCCAAGGAGACGUUGACAGGGCUUUAAGCGUGCUUCGGAAUGUCACAGCUGAACAGCCUUAUUUCAUAGAGGCCAAAAUGAAAAUGGCAGAUAUCUAUCUGAAGCACAGAAAAGAAAAGAUGUUGUAUAUUACUUGUUAUAGAGAAAUUGCUGAAAGGAUGCCCAGCCCUCGCUCUUUCCUCCUCCUUGGUGAUGCGUACAUGAGUAUUCAGCAGCCUGAAGAAGCCAUAGUAGCAUAUGAGCAGGCAUUAAAUCAGAAUCCAAAAGAUGGGACAUUGGCAAGCAAAAUUGGGAAAGCACUUGUCAAAACGCACAACUAUUCAAAGGCAAUUACUUUUUAUGAAGCUGCUCUGAAAAGUGGACAACAAAAUUAUCUUUGCUAUGACCUGGCCGAGCUUUUAUUAAAAUUGAAAUGGUAUGACAAAGCAGAGAAAGUUCUUCAACAUGCUCUAGCUCAUGAACCUGUAAAUGAACUGUCAGCUCUCAUGGAGGAUGGACGUUCUCAAGUUCUUCUAGCAAAAGUUUAUAGUAAAAUGGAAAGACCUGGUGAUGCAAUCAAUUCGUUACAACAGGCUCUGGAAUUACAAGCUCGGGUACUAAAACGUGUUCAGAUGGAACAGCCAGACGCAGCUCCUGCGCAGAAACAUUUAGCAGCUGAAAUUUGUGCAGAGAUAGCAAAACAUUCUGUAGCUCAGCGAGACUGUGAAAAAGCAAUCAAGUUUUACAGAGAGGCCCUUGUUCAUCGGGAAACAGAUAACAAGGUGAUGCUGGAGCUGGCGCGGUUAUACCUGGCACAGGACGACCCCGAGGCCUGCCUGCGACACUGUGCUCUCCUGCUCCAGAGCGACCAGGACAAUGAGGCUGCCACCAUGAUGAUGGCAGAUAUCAUGUUCAGAAAACAGGACUAUGAACAAGCCGUGUUUCAUUUACAACAGCUUUUAGAACGCAAACCAGAUAACUAUAUGACGUUCUCUCGUUUAAUUGAUCUCCUAAGAAGAUGUGGGAAACUUGAGGAUGUCCCAAGGUUUUUCGUAAUGGCUGAGAAACGUGACUCCAGAGCAAAAUCGGAGCCGGGGUUUCAGUACUGUAAAGGACUGUAUCUUUGGCAUACUGGAGAGCCAAAUGAUGCCCUUCGACAUUUUAAUAAAGCUCGAAAAGACAGUGACUGGGGCCAGAAUGCCCUUUACAAUAUGAUAGAAAUCUGUUUGAAUCCAGAUAAUGAAACUGUUGGAGGCGAAGUAUUUGAAAAUCUGGAAGGAGACCUGGGUAAUUCACCUGAGAAGCAAGAGUCUGUGCAAUUAGCAGUGAGAACAGCAGAAAAACUCCUUAAAGAACUAAAACCUCAGACUGUUGAGGGUCAUGUACAACUUCGCAUAAUGGAAAACUAUUGCCUAUUGGCUACCAAACAGAAAUCUAACGUUGAGCAGGCGCUGAAUACCUUCACUGAAAUAGCAAUGUCUGAGAAGGACCAUAUUCCAGCACUUUUGGGAAUGGCAACAGCUUACAUGAUCUUGAAACAGACGCCAAAAGCCAGAAACCAGCUGAAGCGUAUCGCGAAAAUGAGCUGGAACGCUGCUGAUGCCGAGGACUUUGAGAAGAGUUGGCUGCUCCUUGCUGAUAUUUAUAUCCAAUCAGCAAAAUACGACAUGGCAGAAGAACUCCUAAAACGCUGCCUGCGCCAUAACAGGUCUUGCUGCAAAGCCUACGAAUAUAUGGGAUACAUUAUGGAGAAAGAGCAGGCAUAUACAGAUGCUGCCUUCAACUAUGAGAUGGCCUGGAAGCACGGCAGUCAGACAAAUCCAGCGGUAGGAUACAAACUGGCAUUUAAUUACUUAAAAGCAAAAAAAUAUGUGGAUGCAAUUGACAUAUGUCAUCAGGUUCUUGAAACACAUCCAAAUUAUCCAAAAAUCAGAAAGGAUAUACUUGAUAAAGCCCGCACAUCUUUAAGACCUUGAAAGUUAUUUUGACUUAGUGUGUUGAUUAAGUGGGAAAUGAAGGGAAUCUGAGUUUUUCCAGUUCAAAAUAGGUUUGAGCUAAUAUUUUGUAAUAGAAGAUUCCUCUCUUUCUCCAGCAGAGGCUGCUGUUGCAUGUAAAGAGAUAUACUGUGGCCAAUAGAUGUUUUCUGAUGGGGAAGGUGAAUGAGAGCUGGUUUGACUGACCCUCUUGAUUAGGUUUCUCUGUGGUAAAGACUAUGACCCAUUUCUAUAAAGAAUAUUUUGUUGAACUCUAUGUAAUUUAGUGUACUGUGUUUUCUAAAGAGUAUUAGUUGUUUAUUUCAGGAAACAAUUAAAAUGCUUUUGUUCUCUGUUCAAGUACUUUGUAACAUCUCUAGUUUCAGCUGCUUGAGUAAAUUCCCUUGUAAAUAAUUUAUGAAAAAGAAAUUAUACAUUUUAAUAAGGAUUUUACAAAUUUA